GGGAGCCGUACUUGGUACUUCCGCUUUUGACUGAGAAUACAGAACCUAGUCGCUCACGUGACCGAUAUUGUAGUUAGGGUAACAGCACGUAGCCCUUGCGUUAUUCCAUUGUGGUCGACCCCUGUGGCUGUGUUAUUCUUCAAGCCACAACCCCGCAGCCCCGCGCCUCAGCCUCAUCAGCUCCGCCACGUUCGUCAGCCUCCUACUGCUGUGAUGCUGUCUCUCCUUUUAAACAGGCAUCUGCCUUCACUGUUUUUUGUUUGUUUCCUUCGUCUUCUAGUCAUCUCAUUCAUCCUUAACUAUCUAUUUUUGUUACUAUAAAAUAACUUAGGAUCAACGACCAUUCUCACAAUGGCCAGCAGAGACUAUUAUGAGGGCAGUGGUGGCGGACAGGGAUAUUCCCAGGGCGGCUAUUCCGGUAAUCAAGGAUAUUCCGGUGGUGGAUAUGGCGGCCAAGGAGGGUAUUCUGGCGGCGGCGACGGAUAUGGUGGUCAAGACAGUUACUCUGGUGGACAAGGUGGAUAUUCUGGCGGCUACGAGGGCGGACAUGGACAAGGAUAUGGGCAUGGGGGGUACUCCGACCAGUAUCAAGGGGGUGGUCAUGCCAACUACUCUGGAAGCCAGGACCAUGACUUCUCCUCGGCUGCGGCACAUGCACAAUCCCAUUCCUCCUCAUCUACUUCUGAUCUUUUCUCCUCCGCUAUCUCUUUCCUCAACAGCCGCAAGGACCAGAUUGCUUCGUCGAACUCACCCGUGGACGAGUCCGAUAUGAUCAAGGCCCACCAGUCCCUCUAUGGCAGUGGUGGUGAUGACGGACAAAGCCAUGAUUCGCGGUCUAUGGGUAUGGGAGCUGCAAUGCAGGCAUUGAAGAUGUUUAACUCCAGUGGUGGUUCCCAUUCCGGUUCUGGUUCUGGCGGUGGCGCUGGUGGUGGUGGUGGUGACCUGAAUUCAUUGAUCGGGUUAGCCAUGGCUCAGGCUGGCAAGUUGUUCGAUGAGAAGCAGGGAUCUGGGAAAGUGAGCGGCGAUAAGCAAUCCGCCAUCAAUGCUGCCGCCGAGGCCGCGAUGAAGAUGUACAUACAGGGCCAGGGCAGUGGAUCGCAGGGUACUGGUGGUCCUAGCAGUCUUUUGAAGCUUGCCAGCAAGUUUUUCUGAUUGAUAUGACAAGAUACGACACGGUAUAGGUACGGAUUGGUUGAUUUUGGGGAAUAUGUUCAUUUAAAAUUGACGACAUUUGUUAUUCUUUCCUCUGUGUUAUUUCACCUCGGGCAUGUUGUCUCUUCUUUAACUUGAGAUGCAUAAUACAACUAUCUUGCCGGACGUACAAAUGAUCCUAUAAUGACUCCGUACGUCGGUAACUUCCAAC